UCCCCCUUUUUCCCCGAAAUAAAAUUCCCAGAAAAACCUUUCCCUCAGUUUCUCGGCGUCCAAACACCCGUCCCCAACCCCAAAUCCCUAAUGGCGACGAUCAGCCUCCGCAAGAGCAACACCCGGCUUCCCCCGGAGGUGAACCGCGUGCUGUACGUGAGGAACCUUCCCUUCAACAUCUCCAGCGAAGAGAUGUACGACAUCUUCGGCAAGUACGGAGCGAUUCGCCAGAUCCGAAUUGGUACGAACAAGGACACUCGCGGUACGGCCUUCGUGGUGUACGAGGACAUCUACGACGCCAAGACGGCGGUCGACCACCUCUCCGGGUUCAACGUCGCGAACCGGUACCUGAUCGUGCUCUACUAUCAGCAGGCCAAGAUGAGCAAGAAGUUCGAUCAGAAGAAGAAGGAGGAGGAGAUCGCUAGGAUGCAAGAGAAGUACGGAGUCUCCACUAAAGAUAAGUAAUCGCUGGACUCGCUCGGAGAAUCUCAUAUUUUGAUUUCCCUGAGUUCUAGGUCGUGCGAGUUUGGAUUGGAAAAAUUGAAUUUUGUAACCCUAGAAUUUGGGAUUCUGAGGACUUGUUAUCUUUAACAUAGUUGAUUAUAUGCAUAUUUUUUAAUGAAAUUAGCGAGAGUGGUCCUCUUUCUGUUUCUUCUGAUCAGUCAUUAGUAGAUUGUUACAUAACUUGUGCUAAGUUGCUUGAAUGCUUAGAUUGUGUAGCUUUGUGGAUGAUAUAGAAAUAUGUGUUAUCAUUUCUUUUUUU